AUAAAGAAUUGACUAUUAUAUAAGUGUGGCUUGUUAAUUGAAGAAAUGCGUGAGUAACCUGAAACGUAAAUUUUAGUGAAAUCAGUCAAAUUGUGAUUUGCCCAUUCAGGCGAACAUGAAAAUAGUGCUUUGUGUGCUACUGUUGCUGUUGUGAUAUUUCAAUUGAUAAUAAUAAAUGUAACAUUUCGGUGCAGAAUGUUAAUAGUCCGUUCGAUAUUUAUUUCAAAUGUCAAUUUUAUAAAAUCAUCAACUAGAUGUAUAUCUAAUGAAUUGAGAAAAGUCUUUCAUACUCGUUUAGAUAAUACCAAUGUGCUUAACCAAUCACAGUUUCAAUUGGCUUACCUUAGAAAAAAUAUAAACGAAUUUAACCUCGAUUUUUUCUUAAACAAUGUAAGUCAAUCUGAUGAUCGACGUUCCGCAAUAUUAGAUUUACUCUCGCGCUUUAGAGCUAGUAAGCUGGCGAAUAAAACCUUGGAGUCGACUCAAUUUGCUGCAGUACGUUACCUUCUAGAGAAUUGCAGUUUGGAAGAAUUAGUAGCGAUAUUAACAGAUCGCUUGCAGUAUGGCAUAUUUUUAAACAACUUUACUGGUUUUGCAGUUUUGCAAUCCUUAUAUAAAGAGAAGGACUAUAAACUGGGUUUGCCGUUGGUUUUAAAAUUAAUAUUGCAUGAUGGAUUGGACAGUAGUUUCGUGGGAGCGUUUUGCGUAAAAUCAUGCUUUAUGGUAUUGAAACAUAAUUUUGAAGAAGUGCAUCAACAGGAGCUUGAGAACUCUCCCGGCAAAGAGGAAAAGAUGCGUGUAAAAUUUUUACGUAAUCCUUUAACAAUCGAUAAAUAUGCCGAGAUGGGCAAAGCGUUGUUGAAAGUAGAUAAACAUUGUCUCUCCGAUGCAAUGCGGGAAAGCGUCUCCAUUUUAGGGCUAGUCUUAAGUAAACGUUUUACUGAUUUAGAGAAAAUUUUGGAAAACAAAUCCUAUCGAUUAUAUGAGGAUGUUUAUAUAAUUUGCUUGGAAUUCUUAAAGAAGCACAAUCAUGAAUUUUAUCACAAGUUUAACAAGAUUGUCGAUCAGCGUGUUCAAAAGCAGAGCUUUGAAAAUGAUAUGGACAUGUUACUCAAGGAACUGCUUGUUAAAGAAGAACCUUCUAUUAUUAAAUGCCAACAAGAAGUAUUUCGCUUAUGGCAAGAAAAAUGUGAGUUCGCGAGGCAAUCUGUGCAGCAAGAAAGUAAUGAGAAUGAGCGUAAAAUGCACAUAGGGAAAGUGUUAAAUGAAAUAUCUGCAAAGGAAGAACAUUUAUGGUAUUUCGAUCGAGAAGAACAUAUCGAAUUGCAAAUCUACAACAAAAGGGUGUUUUAUCCAAAAAGAUGGUUUGGUAAAAAGAAAAAACCCCGCUCUAUAGAUGAAGAUUACGUACCGCCGGAAAUAAGAAGAAUUAAUUAGAAUUAGCAGAUUUACUCUUUAAUUUAUAUGGUUUUUUUAAAAAUAGAUGAAAAGUUUGAGUCAUAAUUAUUUUGAAAAUGCUUUCAUACCUUACGAACUUCACUUCGUAGUAAAAUUGGAUUAUUUUGAAACAAAAGCAAAGAAUGAUGUUUGACGUACUAUCAAAGCCGAGGAAUACUUACGUUGAACGUUUGUUGAUGAUAAAUCGGCAUCGAAUUUUUUAGAGGUCUUUUGCAAUCAUUUCUUUGCAUAUGAGUACACUUUCUUAAUGAGCGUAACACUUGAAAAUGACUAUAAAAAGCCACAGGGCAUAUUAAAAGGAGCAAUGUCUAUAUUUUGCUGUAAAAUAUCUCCCCGGCUAUGUUUGCAAAGCAUCUAUACACACGGUUACAUUUCCAAUAUUCGAGUUACUAUCAUCACACAA